GCAAGUUGAACAAUGUAAUCUAAAGGAACUACUUUUUAACGCGGUAUAAUUUUUCUAGUGAGUAAAUCAUUUGGCUUAGUAACGGAGAUUCCCGUGUAAACAGUUUCUGCAUGAUCAAAAAAGAAAUCAGCUACAUUAAGAAAUUAAGGUCAUGAACGUCUGCUAUUUUAGAAUGUUGAUUGCAUGUUGAUAAAUCGUUAACUGCAUUUGUUUUUAAUUCUGUUUAACACGGUUCCUACAGCAGUAGCAGUGGAGCAACAUUGAAAACAUGUCAGAGGACAAGAAACCAGAGACGGAGAGUCCCAGUAAGGACAAAGGCGCUAUAGAGGACAGCGCCUUCGAGUCCCUGGAGAAAGACUUCCAAGAGGUGCUCAAUGAAUUGAUGGGCGAUCGUAGUUUGGAGAAGUUCCGGGUCGAGUAUGAGAAGUUACACAGGGCCCUGCGCAAGUCGCAUGACAGCGAGAAGAGACUCAUGACCAAAUGCAGAGAGCUGAACAGCGAGAUCGUUGCCAAUUCCGCAAAGGUCUCCACGGCACUACGACUGUCCCAAGAGGACCAGACGACCAUUGCACAGCUUAAGAAGGAAAUCGAAAGAGCGUGGAAGAUGGUGGAUGCGUCCCACGAGAAAGAGCAGCGUGCUCGCGAGACGAUCCAAUCUCUCAAACUUGAGAUUGCCAAUUUGAGUAAGCUCGUUGAGCAGGGAGCUGGUCUGACUAUGGGACAGGAACACAGUGUGAAUGAGUUGCUGAAAGCCAAGGAAGACCUGACCAAAGAGCGAGAUGAGCAGCUUGCCGAGAUCGUCAAACUCCGUGAAGCACUUACAGAGAGUGCUACUAACCAACAGAAAGCUGAACAAGAUAGGACCGAGGCAGAGAAUAAGAUUGCAGAGCUUGCUCAAGAUAUUCAAGUCCGCAGCAAUGAAGCGCAGCGUGAGACCAGACGUAAGGAGAAGCUUGAUCGAGAACUGAAGCAAUCCCGGGUGGAGCUCGAGCAGAAAGCCGGCGACAUCAAAACGAUGCAGCUCCAGACAGGGCGCUACAAGGACGACAUCGGCCGCUUGGAGACUCAGCUCAAAGAACAGAAGAUUCUGUAUGAGCGUACCCUGAAGGACACGGAUGUUUUGAAUCAGCGCUUCAGCAAACUCCAGCAAGAUUAUGACCAGCAGCUGAUCAGCUGCGAUGGUCUCGCUCAGGAGAACCAGACCAGGGUCGUUGAACUCAAGGCUAAGGAAGAUGAGAUCGGUGCCUUGAAGACGGACACUGUACGCCUUACUAAGAUGCGUGAGACGAUUCAGCGUAAACUCCGCAACGUGGAGGAACAGAAGGUUGACACAGAGUCCCAGAAAGAAACGCUCAAGUCACAGAUAGUGGCGCUUGAACGAGAAAUCGAGACCAACAAGAAGCAAGUUGAGAUGGACCGUAAGGCGAUCGACGACCUCGUCCGCGAACGAGACAUCCUCAAUAAGAACCUCCUGAAGGCGGCCAACGCCACGCAGAAGCAGCUCAACCUGGUCAAGCUCCACGAACAGUCCAAGAAGAACCUGGAGCAGGAGAUCCAGAAUUAUAAAGACGAGGCGCAGAAGCAACGUAAGAUCAUCUACCAGUUGGAGAAAGAGAGAGAUAGAUACAUCAAUGAGGCCAGUGAUCUCACCCAAAAGGUUCUUCAACACAUGGAGGAUGUCAAAGUGCGUGAGAUGCAGAUCUUUGACUACAAGAAGAAGAUUGCGGAGGCAGAGACCAAGUUGAAGCAGCAGCAGAAUCUGUAUGAAGCAGUGCGCAGUGACCGUAACCUGUACAGCAAGAACUUGAUUGAGUCUCAGGAUGAGAUCACGGAGAUGAAACGUAAAUUGAAGAUUAUGAACCAUCAGAUAGAUCAGCUGAAGGAGGAGAUUACUGCCAAGGAGGCAGCACUGGUUAAGGAGCACCUUGAUCAUCAAAGGGUUGAGAAGGAGAAAGAGGCCCUGAAGGGAGAGCUGCAACGCAUGAAACAGCAGGCCACCGAGAGCAAGGCCUACAUCGAGGCCCAGGAAGCGGAGGAACGUAAACUCCUCAAGAUCAUCUCCGAGGCAGAUGCGGAGCGUCUCCGCCAGAAGAAGGAACUUGAUCAGGUGAUAAGCGAGCGAGACAUUCUCGGUACCCAACUGGUCCGUCGUAACGACGAGCUGGCCUUACUCUACGAAAAAAUCAAGAUUCAGCAGUCCACACUGGCCAAGGGGGAGAUGCAGUACCGGCAGCGCCUGGAAGACGUCCGACUCCUGAAAUUAGAAAUCAAGAAGCUGAGAAGGGAGAAGAAUAUUUUGAACAAGAGUGUUGCCAAUGUCGAUGAUCUGAGACGAGAAGUCUACCACCUCCAGCGAGAGCUCCUACGGGAGCGAACUCGCUGCAAGGCCCUGGAGGAGGAGCUAGAGAACCCCAUGAACAUCCACCGCUGGAGGAAGCUGGAGGGCUCUGACCCCAGCACCUACGAGAUGAUUCAGAAGAUCCAGACUCUGCAGAGGCGUCUUAUACAGAAGACAGAAGAGGUGGUGGAGAAGGAACUUCUGAUUCAGGAGAAAGAAAAACUGUAUAUUGAGUUGAAACACAUACUGGCCAGACAGCCAGGUCCCGAGGUGGCUGAGCAACUGCAGAUCUACCAGCAGACUAUGAAGGACAAGACCAAACAGCUGAAGGGGAUGGCAUCAGAGCUGAACAUGUACGAGUCUCAAGUUCAGGAGUAUAAGUACGAGAUAGAACGACUUGCUAGAGAGCUACAAGAAGUGAAGAAGAAGUACUACACACAGAAACGAAAGGACCAACAAGUCAGAGAGCGAGAUCGGUCAAUGGCUCAGGCUGGUUCAGCCCCCAUCCAACCACAGCGUACGGACGGCCCUCGUUUCACUGGCGGUGGUUUCAACCUCAAGCAGCCCGGACUGGGUAAAGUCACGUCAUAGAUGAAACAACCUUCAACCGCGAUCUUGAGAAUCGAAAUAUCUUACGUUUUUUUUUUAUCAAAACAAGAGAGUUCCGUCCACUUGGGAAAUAAUUUACUUCAAUGUUAAUGGAUUUAUGAAUGCAUUUAUGUUAUAAUUAAAUAUAAAAGCGUGCAUAAUUAUUAUUACAUGGCUUUAUUAUUUCCAGGGUGCAAACAAAUAACAUUCCCUUUGUUGCGUUUUGGUUGCUUUGACCCUGGAACUUCUUUGUAGGAUUUUAAUUUAACAUUUACUUAAACAAGCUCUUUCAGUUAUAAUGGCCAAACAGGGAACGUUUUCACCCAGCACUUUGGCAUGGCAAAAUAUUUCCACACAGACUUAACAUACUUUGUGCGCACUGAAUGCUAGUAUUGAGUAGCAAUUGCUGAUGUUUUUAGUAGCAACUAAAGCAUUUUGUGUUGCAUUUUGCUCUGCUAUAAAAGGGAAAUCGUUAAAUAAUGUUGGAGGGGACGUAUUGUGCCGGCUGAAGAAAUGUGAUAAAGAUCAUUUCAGGCUUAAUAAUUCGUGGAGGUAACAAAGGCGAUUCCCUCCAUGUCCUUUGGUUAUUGCCUUGAUGCCCUUGAAAUGUUCAAGUAGAAGUUUACAAUUUCCUCAUAGGGUGCCCUUUACCUGGGAGAAAAUGCCUUGGUGCCCUUGCACUUUCAAAAAAAAAGGAAGCAUAAAGGCCUGAAAUUUGAUGAUUGCAAUACACGAGUCUUACGCCGGUUGGUCUGAACAGCUUCGUCACCGCGCCUCGACCGAACACGCGAAAACGCUCAACCGAUUGACCAUGUUUAUGGUUGGGGUCGCCAACACACUCCUGCUUUGCAAGUCAAUCCAGCCAAGUGUGAACAUUGCUUUAUUCUCCCCAGGAAAGGGGGGGGGUUGCUUGUUGACAUCUGAGUGACUUGAUUAGUCUCUCUUCAGUGUGUUGACAAACCAAUCCUUCAUUAGGGCAACUGCCAUGAUCUGGGUUAUUAAUUGGUUAAUCAUUACCCCGUGAAACAAUCAAAAACUACAAUAAACACCGACAGUGAUUGUAACUGACAAAGUGUAUAGCCAUGAUGCACACAUCACCGCUGUCACUCUGUAGCCAUAAUCUGGGUGAUUUUCAUAUUGUGAUAACAAAAACACAAGGACAGGUAGAAUUGUAUUUUGACAGUUUUCCCUUUGUUUGGUUUGCCCUAUAUCUGUCACGACCAUCUUCAUUUGAGAUGAGCAGAAUGGGAAAGUAUUAAGCUAAGCUGAACGUGAGUCCUUGCUGAUAAACACUGAGUGUGGGUGUAAUCUGUAACAUGGUUCCGUGGUUAGAGAUGACAGUGAGCAUGCAAGGUGGUAUAUUGUGGUGACUUCAUCUACAAAUUACACAGUCAACCCUCCUACUGUCUGACCAUUUAAUAUCAUGUUGUUUGAAUGACACGUUGGCCUACAAAAUGGUAUCAUGUGGUGAAAGCUACACAUUGAAUAGUAAACUCUCCUACUGUCUGACCAUUUAAUAUCACAUACGCUGUGUUGAAUGACACAUUAACAGUUGGCCUGCAAUGUGGUAUCAUUUGGUGAAGGCAUCUACACGUUACUCGGUCAACCCUCCUACUGUCUGACCAUUUAACACCAUGUUGUAUUGAAAGACACAUUAACUAUGUUAUUCUGCAAUAUGGUAUCAUCAACCCUCCUGCUGUCUCACACUGGUUAACAAAAAUAAUUACUCAUGUGCUACCAAAGUGGUCUUGCAGGGUAGCAUGUACGGCAGUUGGUUGCCACUAGGUUGCCUGAUGUAAAAGUUGCCCCGUGUGACAAGGCCAUAAGCCUCUACCCCGCCAUGUGUUUAUGUAGAGCAGAUGCAAAUACAAUCCUAGGGGAGCGGGUUGGGUGGCGUAAGGCACCCUUCUUGGGCCUGUUAAAUGGCCACCGUGGGCUUGCAUGUAUUUUCAUGCAAGCCUCGAUUUGAAAAUCCAUUUUGUUGUACGCAAAUCAUUCAAAGUUUUCACUCGUGAAAGCCUCAGGUUGAACCGCCACCAGUCACCUAUCUCUGCUCCUCUGAGCAACAUCUAAAUGGCCGCCAAAAAGUUAUUACAAAAAUUGUAUGUUGGCUCAGCAAGUGGAUUAAGAGACUCGACUCCCACCCAGCAGGAAGUACUGUGCAUUUAUGUUAGCCACGGGGAUAACAGCAGACGCUGUAUCAUAACAUAAUCAUUGUGUAUACAAGCCACAGGCAGGAUUUUACUCUAAUAUAGUGGUCCCUGUGGCGCCCGGGUGAUGUAUUAUUAUUAAGUGCUGUUUUGCAGUUACUAUCUCUCUCUCUCUAUUGGAAAUGGUACACACCCCCUGUUCUGUGGGUAUGUUUGUUUCAUUAGAUUCAUCAACACAAUAAAAACAGAGGGUUUCUCAUAAAAACAUGGAUGCCUUCUUUAAACUGUUACAAGUAAUUGUACGGACUCUACACUGGUGUGCAGACUGUUAUGGAGUGAGAACGACACUACUUAAGUUAUGGAAAGGUUUGCGGUAACACCAUGUAAAGACUAUCUCUAAUGAGUUGGGGUGGUUCUCCAACUCAUUAGAGAUAGUCAUUACAUGGUGUUACAGCAAACUUUUCCAUAUCGUAUUUCCACCAUGCAAACUUUCGAAUCCUACUGAUAAUACUUAGAGAACGCUACCGCACCUCUAGUUUACGUUACGACCAUGCCACACGAGGCGAUCUAUAUGCAACCAGUUCCAGGCACUAUCCAAAAGAGAAGGCAUUCACAUUCAAAUGUUCUCACAUUCUUCUUAGAGAUCGUAAGAUAUUACUUACUCUAGGAUACCGAAGUGGUCCUGUUGCAUGUAUAACUGCAGUUGGUUGCCUCCAAGUUGCAUGGGAAAAAUUGUCUCGUGUUACAAGGCCGUUGUGCGGUACAUUAUUUGGUUCGUAUCGGUGACGUACUAUCUGCUUCCUAAAAAUGUAAUUUUCUAACAAGUUAAAGGAACACGUUGCCUUGGAUCGGACGAGUUGAUCUAUAAAA